AUGGUUUCUCGCCGUUUGGAUAAACUUUCGGCAGGUCUGGCGUUAAGCAAUAAAUUUUUGCCGGUCCACUGUGUGGUUGCACGAGACGAGUGUCCACAACGUGUAAUACAAGAUGGUUUUGUAAUUGUACCGGCAUAUACAAAAUUUCAUGAAAUUGUAUCAGUGGUUUUACGUUCUAUGGAAGCUGAUGUUGGCAAAAUUGAACAAGAUGAAAGAGCAGAUGGUCAAAUUUUGAUAAAAAAUUGGAAUCCAUUGCCUAUUACAACCGUAACUGAAAAUCGAACGGUAACAGUUCAAGAUAUCUUGGGCGAUCUUAUGAACGUCGCCAUACUUAAAAUUCGAAUUUCCAAGUAUUCAAGUAAAUUAGAAGAUAAAAAAGCCGUACGUUUAUUAAAACAACUGAUGCCUUUAGUCAAUAAUGAUGAACAAGAUAAACAUACGCUAACUGGCAGAUCAUUUCAAAUAAUGCACGACGAUAUUGAAGAUCAUGAUAAUAGACACGAACAAACUUCACCAUUAAAAUCUACAACAAGUCCUAAUGGUUAUUCAUUAGCAUCGUCCAAUUCAAACACAACCGACGGUGAUAAUACGCCAUUGAAUCUUUCAAAAAAACAAUAUUCAUCAACACUACAACAAAUUAAUUCCAAUAAAUCUUAUAUUAAUUAUCCAUUUGCUAGCCUUUUAUCAUUUGCUCAACAACAGUAUGACCCAACACCAAUUAAUUCGUCGCCAACAAUAAAAGAUUAUGCAUACAAUCGUCGGCAACGUGAACGUACAACAUUCGAUCCACAUGAAGAAACACCACGUUUAUUGCAAAUAUUUACUGAUACAAAACAUCCAACACGUUAUCAAAUAGCAUCUAUCUGUGAAAAUCUUAAUGGUUUACCAUGUCGAAAAGGAAAAAAAGCUCUUGAACCUUAUAAUAUUCAAUAUUGGUUUAAGAAUGCUCGCGCCGCAUUAAAACGUAAGAAACGUCGUUUUGUUACUCCAGACAAUUCAAUACAACCACCACCACAACAACAGCAGCAGCAGCAGCAACAACAAGCAUAUAAUUUAUCAUCGCCGAAUCAAAUGAAUAAUCAUGAUGAACAGAAUCAUCCAUCGAUAAAAUGUGAACUUGAUUCGUCUGAUGAAAUUGAUGAAGACCUUGAUGACGACAUUGAUAUUGAUGAAAAACAAAAGCAACAAAACCAUAAUAAUUAUUAUUUCAACUAUUUACAAGCAUUUGACAUAUCAUUAACAGAUAAGCAACGACAAAAAACAACACAAUCCGACGAAAGUAACGAUGAUGAUGAUAAUAUGAGUUCGAUAAGCGAACAAACACCACCAACACAGAUCCUAUUAAAUUCAACAAAGAUUUCGAAUACAACAACAUCAUUUGAUUAUAAUCGUUCACGACGUAACCGAAUAUUCAUUGAUCCGACAUCUGAAGUGCCCAAAUUAGAACAAUGGUUUGCUAUUGAAACACAUCCCGAUCAUAUAUUAAUCGAACGUAUUUGUUCCGAAUUAAAUGAAGGUGAAUAUCGAACAAAAUUUCCUAAACUCGAAUCAAAACAUAUACGUUUAUGGUUUAAAAAUCAUCGUGCAAAAGUAAAACGUAUAUGUCGAAUACAAACGCCCACUGUUAAUAAUAAUAAUACUAAUGAUUCAUCAAUUAAAACAGCUGAAACAACAGAGAAGAAAAUGCACAAUGUGUAA